AUGGUGCGGUCGAUGGUCCUAUAUGGGUCACCGAUCUGGCCGGGCGACCUGAUGGCCAGAUGCCACAGCCGCGAAACGCUGCGGCGUGUAGAGAGGCGUCUGGCCGUCAGGUGCAUAAAAGGGUGCCGCACCACCUUCCACGCGGAGGCGCUGGCUCUGGCAGGACUCAUUCCAUAUGAGCUCCAGGCGGAGGGAGGCACCACCGAAUCUAGCGACAAAGCUGCGAACGCCUGUCGGCGCACCACCUCUGGACCACAGGAGGUGGUCCUGUCCAGCCUGAACAGGUGGCUGGGCAGGACCCACGGUGGACUCACCUACCAUUUGGCACAGGUGCUCACUGGAUACAGAUGCUUCGGUGAGUACCUGAGCCAAAUCGAGAAGGAGGCGACGACGCAGUGCCGCCACUGCGGAGGAGUAUACGCUGGAGGAGGCAAGUCCUCCGAAGGGUCGUAG